UAACAUAUGCUGACUAGAUGAUCUUCAUCUAUGAUUCGAGAUGCCAAAACAAAGCAAAGCAACAGUCUUUAUUGCUUGUCAUUUCUAUUGCUCUUACAAUAUUGCACUAAAAAUGAAGGAACACCCUUUUACAAGUGACGUGCCAUUGCAUGCCACAUGGCAUAAUCUAGAGAUCAUUCCAAAGUGCCGGCGCUCUAAUGGCAUUCCCUUCUCUUCUUUGAUUUCCAAAUAAUAGCCCCCACAAAUGGGACCCACUUUUUAGAAAAUGUUGGCCAAGUCAAGUCAAGAACACAAGCUUUGACUCUCCCUAAAAAUAUUUUCUAUUUUCUUUUCCCUUCUCACUAUAAUUAUAUGUAUUUUCAUUCUCAAAAUUCCCAAAAUACCCUUUUCCACGGUCAAACUUUUCCUUCCCUCACCUUCUUAGAAAGACCUCCGCAAAGACCUUCAUUUUCAAGCCAUCUUCACCACAAUCCCACUUCACAAAAUUUUCCAAACAAUCCCCUCUUUAUUUACUCCAUAUAUCCUCCUCUUCAAACUUUCAUUUCCAUUACACUCAAAUCUUCAUCUCAUUGCGCUUUCUACAAAUGUCUUCCUCGGUAGCAAGCUUAGAACCCUCUUUAUCCUUCAACAAUAGUAGCUUCUCUUUUACUAACCUCAUGAACUCCUCCUCCUCCUUCACCGAUUUCUUCGCUAACACGACGAAUGAUGAUCAUGUGUUGGAGAGUGAUUACAACAUUAUUUCCAAGGAGAAGAAUACUAAUAUCACUAAUAAUGAUCAUAAUAGUAAUAGUAGUGGUAGUAAUUGGUCAGGAUUUGAUCAGUUGAUUGAAGUUCCUAAGUUUAAGUCUAUGGCUCCUUCUUCUCUUACCGUCGCCGACCCUUCUCCCCUUGCUUCUUCGUCUUCGUUUUUGAACACUCCUAAUGCUUUCAGCCCAUCCAUCUUCUUAGAUUCGCCUCUGCUUAAUAGUUUUCCAUCUCCAACUGUAGGAGCCUUUGGUGGUGAGAGUUUCAAUUGGACUCAACUUGGUGCAAAUAAAGAUGAAGGAAGAAGUAACAAUAAUUUCACUUUCCAUGCUUCAAACAAUUCAAUUGAAGGGUGGAAUUUGGAUGAGCCCAAGAAGCAAAAUGAGAUGAUUAACAAAGAUCAGAUUAAUUCGAAACCCGAGUUUAAUACUAAUAUUAAUAAUCAAAUUAUGAACACAACACAAUCAGAUGCUACUAGAGGUUACAAUGCUACACCAGUUCAGAUGAAUAGAGCACAGAAAAGAGCUGAAGAUGGAUAUUGUUGGAGGAAAUAUGGGCAGAAGCAAGUGAAGGGGAGCGAAAAUCCCCGGAGUUAUUACAAAUGUUCACACCCGACUUGUCCUACAAAGAAAAAAGUUGAACGAUCUCCGGAAGGCUAUGUGACUGAAAUUGUUUACAAGGGGAGUCACAACCAUCCGAAGCCUCAGCCUGGUAGAAGAUCAUCUGCGCAGAAUAACAGUAACAGUGGGUUUGAUGGUUCAGAGGGUUCUAAUGCAGCACUUAUUCAGGCACAGACUGAUAAUUAUUCGUCCUUUACACCUGAGACAUCCUCGGUGUCAGUGGAUGAAGACGAUGAGUUUGAUCAGACAUCUGCAAUGAGUAAAUCAGCCAGAGAUGAUGAUCAUGAACCUGAAUCCAAAAGAUGGAAAGGAGAGAAUGAAGGGGAGGUGAUGUCAGGGUAUGGUAACAGAACAGUUAAAGAGCCAAGAGUAAUUGUUCAGACAACCAGUGAGAUUGAUAUUCUCGACGAUGGUUAUAGAUGGAGAAAAUACGGGCAGAAAGUAGUGAAGGGCAACCCCAAUCCUAGGAGCUAUUACAAAUGCACCAGCUCAGGUUGCCCUGUAAGAAAGCACAUAGAGAGGGCAUCCCAUGACACAAGGGCUGUAAUCACAACUUACGAGGGAAAGCACAACCACGAUGUUCCAGCAGCUCGUGGUAGUGCCAGCUAUAACAAUGCCCCGAUGCCAGUCAGGCCAUCAGCCAUAGCCAGCCAACCUAACCAGAUAAUCGGCCUAAGGCCUCUUAACAACAACAUAUCAAGUGCCUCAAGACCAGAAGCUCACCAGUCACCUUUCUCUUUACAGAUGCUGCAAAACACUGGCAGCUUCGGGUUCUCAGGGUUUGGAAAUAAUUCAGAAGCCAAGGAAGAGCCAAUCGAUAACAUGUUUUUUGAAUCUUUUCUUCGUUGAAAAUCAGGAUUGAACUUCCAAGUGAAAUAUAGGGUUUAACAAUUAGGUUUAGAAUCAUGUAUUUCUUUGUUGUAAAAAAAUUAUACUACAAGCCUUUCAGACUCUAUAGAAGUCUCAGCUUCCACAGAAUAAUCAUAGUUAGGUGAUUUGUUUAUUUGUUGAAAGGCCCUUAAGCUUUAAACCUUCCCAGGCCAUCAAAAUAUUUAGGCAUGUAAUGUUUCCACCAAGUUGAAUAUCAAAGCUUCAGCAUUUACACUUCUGAA